UAUAGCAUCAAAAACUGUCCGAAACGUUUUAUUUAUAAAUAAUUCCUAGAAGUUGUCAAUUCGGUCGUAGAAAAACUGAAUCUCAGCCAAUUUGAUCGGAAGGAAAACGGAAUAUUUGAUGGCGAAAGCAGCGGAGGAGGUGAAACCCAAUGUGGUUCCGUCAGCCAAGGUACAUCCCUCCAACGACCCCGACGUCGACCUCACCUCCUACUCCCUCGAGAAAUUUCGCCUAUACGAGACCAGAGCGAGGUUCUAUCUGAUUGGAAGUGAUCGGAACAAGAGGUUCUUCCGGGUUUUAAAGAUUGAUCGAUCUGAGCCGUCUGAUCUCAAUCUUAGUGAAGACCCAGUUGUGUACUCGUCGCAGGAGAUUAAGAACCUUCUUCAACGGAUUGCCGAGGGCAACCGUGCCACCGGUGGUCUAAACUUCGUGACCAAGGUUUAUGGUAUUGCAGGUUGCAUUAAGUUUCUGGAAUCUUAUUACUUGAUUCUGGUCACCAAGCGUCGGCAAAUUGGAUGUAUUUGUGGUCAUGCCAUUUACAGUAUAGAUGACAGUCAACUAGUUCCCAUUCCGCAUGUUUCUAUUCAAACCGAUGUUGCCCAUUCGAAGACCGAAUUGCGGUACAAAAAGCUUCUGUCUAGUGUUGACUUGACCAAAGAUUUUUUCUAUAGCUAUACAUAUCCCAUAAUGCAAAGUUUACAAAAGAACGUGUCCUCGUUUGGUGAGGAAGGAAUGCCUUAUGAUAAUAUGUUUGUAUGGAAUUCUUAUCUAACACAAGCUGUUCGGUCAAGAUGCAAUAACUCCAUUUGGACAAUAGCAUUAGUUCAUGGGCAUUUUGAGCAGAUCAGGCUAUCAGUCUUUGGUAGGGACUUCAGUGUUUCUUUGGUGGCAAGACGCUCUCGGCAUUUUGCGGGGACACGUUACUUGAAAAGGGGAGUGAAUGAUCGGGGAAGGGUUGCAAAUGAUGUUGAAACAGAGCAGAUUGUUCUUGAUGAGGAAUCUGGGUCAUGCAAGGGAAAGAUGAGUUCAGUCGUACAAAUGCGUGGUUCAAUUCCCCUUUUUUGGUCUCAAGAAGUCUCAAAAUUCCCUAAACCUGAUAUAAUAUUACAAAGAUAUGAUCCCACGUAUCAAGCAACCAAGCUGCAUUUUGAAGACCUUGUAGAAAGAUACGGCAAUCCAAUUAUCGUACUUAAUUUGAUCAAGACUGUUGAGAAAAGGCCUCGAGAAAUGAUGUUGAGGCGUGAGUACGCAAAUGCGGUAGGAUAUCUGAACCAAAUUCUUUCACAAGACAACCAUGUUAGAUUUAUUCACUGGGACUUCCACAAGUUUGCAAAGAGCAAAUCUGCCAACGUAUUAGCAGUUUUGGGUAAUGUGGCAAGACAAGCGCUUGAUUUGACGGGUUUUUACUACAGUGGCAAACCUAACAUUGUUAAGCGAAGGGGCAAUCAAUUAAGUCGAACUAGCACUGGGAGGGAUGCUUCUUUGAGAGACCUGAGAGCUAGUUCUGGGGAUCUUGCAAGGUUUGGAAGCAGUAAUGAGACUCUUAAUUCUACAGUCAAUCAAGACAGACAACUUGGUUUUGGUGAACAGAGCAGAAAUGACACCUUUUAUAGUGAAGCACCAUGUUUUCAAAGUGGGGUUCUGCGCACAAACUGCAUCGAUUGCUUGGAUCGAACAAAUGUUGCCCAAUAUGCCUAUGGUCUUGCGGCUUUAGGUCGCCAACUACAUGCAAUGGGUUUAACAGACAUGCUUAAAGUGGAUCCUGAUAGUACUAUUGCUGCAGCUCUUAUGGAUAUGUACCAGAGCAUGGGUGAUGCUCUUGCACAACAAUACGGUGGCUCUGAAGCUCAUAAUACUGUAUUCACAGAGAGACAGGGAAAAUGGAGAGCCACGACCCAGUCAAGAGAAUUUCUGAAGUCUAUUAAGCGAUACUACAGUAAUACUUGUACUGAUGGUGAAAAGCAAGAUGCGAUGAAUCUGUUUCUGGGUUACUUCAAACCACAGGAAGGGAAACCUGCUCUUUGGGAACUUGAUUCUGAUUAUUAUCUUCAUGUCUCUGGGAUUGGAGACGACCUUUUUCCUGAUAGGUGUUUAGAAACCAACAGCAAGCAUGUGGGAGCUGGAGUUACUCUAUCCCCUAUUCCAGCUUGCAGAGAAGAUUUCUUACGCAUGAAGUUGACAUCGUUUGAUAAAUUGAUUGGAAGAACUUGCAGUUCUAUAAAGAAUGUAAGGCUUUGCCGUGAACCAAAUCAAAGACCAGGCGGGGGUGCAGGAAGUUAUGGUGUGGCACCUGAUGCAGCUGAAAUACAGCUCAAAAGCCCAAACUGGCUAUUUGGUCAGAGAAAGUAUGAAGAAAAUGGUUCUUCCCCAAAAGUCAUCUCAGGAGAAACUAUUAAUGGUGAAUCCACAGAUGAGAAAGGAGUUGAUUGUUUCCGUAACCAAUAUUGGGUUUCUUCUGGUGAUAAUGGCAAUGAUGAGGAUAUCAUUCACAGGUAUCUGGCAAUGUCAUCGGUGGAUGAAGCUAAUGGGUGGUAUGGUGGAACUCUAGUUGGCGAUCAGGAUGAAAACAGUGAAAUAUAUAAGCACUAUGCUGAACUAUGCGAGGGACCUGCCAUGGAACCUUUCCAAAAUGAUACUGAACAGGAGCAGCAAUAUGCUGAUGUUCUUCGAAUGGAAACAAUAGACAUUGUAGACGAUGCUGCUACAGAAGAGAUGGAAGCAGCUCUCAAGGAGUAUGAACAAAUUGGUGCCGAUCUCGGGAUCAGCCCUUUGUGGCGUAGAUCCUUUGCUGGAGAUCCAAGUUGGUUGACCAGGUGGAUCGUUGGGGAAGAUCAGCUGCAAAGAGCUUAAAGUCAAAUCACUUAAAAAAGAAAGAAUUAAUUUAUAUGUUUUGGCGGUUGUAAAAGAAAUCAUACCAGUCCCUUCAAGAAAAUUUAAAUUAAGAACAUUUUCGGUUGUAAUAUUCAGGUUUUGUUAUUCAUUCCUGUCAAUUCUUAGAAUGUAUGGGAGGUCAUGCUUGUAUAAAAAUUAGCAGUAACAAUUCAAACGCUACUGGAAACUGUACGAUACAUGCUAGGUAAUGCACUUCAUAUGGUUCCUUCCA